AUGUCAUUGCUCAAAAAACUAAAGCAUCCUUCAUCAGAAAUACAAAAUCUGUUAACUAAUCACAACAAAAACAAAGAACUGAAAGCCUCUUUUGUAAAAAUAGAGUGUGAAAAUGGGUCUACGUCUCUUCAUUAUAAUAAUAAUAACAACACUAUGGUUAUAUACCACGAUAACAGCAAACCCGCUGAAUCUCUGGUUUCUUCCUCUUCCUCUACCCCCUCCUCUGCAGCAUCUCCUUCUCCUACCAAUGAUGAUAUGGGCUCACAAUUGGAACAAAUCCUUGAUACGCUCAAAAAUAACAAUGACUGUUUGUUAUUAGCUGCAACUCUGCCCUCAAGAGUAAGAGAGGAUGAGUCAGUAGAAAAAACCCUAGAUGACCAUAUACAGGAUUCUUUGAAAAAAUAUGGUGAAGUGGAAAGAAAAGGAGCAUUAGUAUUAGUUGAAGAAGAGGAUAGAAUUGUAGUGGAUAGAGCAGAGUUAGAGAUAUUAAUAUAG